ACCAGCAUGUUUCCUCCACCCCCCUAAUUUGUUGAUUUAAUCAAUAUUAUUAAUGUUGAAUCAUCUUCUGGAAAGAAGAGGCUCAGAGCUUCUCCGCAGAAGAAUUUAAGAGGGAUUUUUCACCCUAAAAUGGUGAAAUAAUUAAAGUGGACAGAAGAGACCCCUUUCAUUAAGAUUACCAGGUUUCCAGGUUUUUUGCCGCCACAGUCACUCACCAGGACCCCAUGGACAAGUCCUUCCCCUGCCUACCCCAUGGGGCUUCAGCACCAUUCACUGCCUCACUUCCACCUUCUCCCCAAACCCAGAUCUGCCGUGAACCUGGAAUUGAGGAUUUGUUGGUGUCUCUGUGGAGCUGUUGAACUUUCCGCAUAUUGGAGGCUGCAGGAUCUUCUGACUGCAGCCCACGUACAAAGGCCUCUCCAGCUUUGGAAGGUGGGCUGGUACUCAGAGUCAACAUGCCAGCUAAUGGGAAAUCACCCCAGAGGUUUCCUGCCCUGGUUCCAGGACAACCUGGCAGAUCAUUUGAGAUUGUUGUUACAGGGAUCUGUGUCAUUUGAAGACGUGGCUGUGGAUUUUACCCGACAGGAGUGGUACAGACUGGACCCUGCCCAGAGGACCAUGCACAAGGAUGUGAUGCUGGAGAACUACAGCAACCUGGCAUCUGUGGGCCUCUGCGUGGCCAAACCAGAGAUGAUCUUCAAGUUGGAGCGAGGGGAAGAACUGUGGAUAUUAGAGGAGGAAUCCUCAGGCCAUGGUUACCCAGGCUCUCUGUCACUGCUGUGUGCCAACAAUUCUGUUGGGGGUAAUGCCCUCAGUCAUGAUAAUGACCUUCAGCAUCAGAAGCUUCAAACUUUGGAUCAAACUGUUGAAUAUGGGAAAGCCUUCUACAAGAGAACAGCCUUUGUUGGACAUAAAAGAACACACACAGGAGAGAAAAACUUUGAAUGUCAUGAAUGUGGGAAAACUUACUGCAGGAAAUCAAAUCUUAUUGAACAUCUGAGAAUACACACAGGCGAGAGACCCUAUAAAUGUGGUGAAUGUGCAAAAACCUUUAGUGCAAGAUCAUACCUCAUUGCUCAUCAGAAAACUCACACAGGGGAGAAGCCCUUUGAAUGUAAUGAAUGUGGAAAAUCUUUUGGCAGGAAGUCACAACUCAUUCUACAUCGGAGAACACACACAGGAGAGAGACCCUAUGAAUGCACUGAGUGUGGGAAAACCUUUUCUGAGAAGGCAACCCUCAUGAUUCAUCAGAGAACUCACACAGGGGAGAAACCCUAUGAAUGUGGCGAAUGUGGUAAAACAUUUCGUGUUAAGAUAUCCCUUACUCAACACCAGAGAACUCACACAGGGGAGAAACCCUAUGAAUGUGGUGAUUGUGGGAAAAACUUUCGUGCAAAAAAAUCCCUAAACCAACAUCAAAGAAUUCACACAGGCGAGAAACCCUAUAAAUGUGGUGAAUGUGGAAAAUUCUUCAGAAUGAAGAUGACUCUCAAUAAUCACCAGAGAACUCAUACAGGUGAAAAACCCUAUCAGUGUAACGAAUGUGGGAAAUCUUUCAGGGUGCACUCAUCUCUUGGAAUACAUCAGCGAAUUCACACAGGAGAGAAACCUUAUGAAUGUAAUAAAUGUGGUAAUGCCUUCUAUGUCAAAGCACGCCUCAUUGAACAUCAGAGAAUGCAUUCAGGAGAGAAACCCUAUGAAUGUAGUGAAUGUGGAAAAAUCUUCAGUAUGAAGAAAUCCCUGUGUCAACAUCGGAGAACUCACAUAGGAGAGAAACUUUAUGAAUGAAGUGAAUGCAGGAAUGCCUUCUAUGUGCAAGUAUGCCUCAUUGACACAGGAGAGAGACCCUUUGAAUGUCAAGGAUGUGGGAAAGCCUUCUGCCAGAAAGCACACCUCAGAGAACAUCAGAGAACUCACUUAGGCCAGCCCUUGCCUUGUACUAUGGAGAAAGCUUCUCUAAGAAGAUUCCCCUCACCAUUUGACCAAGCUCUUUGGGCCAUCUGAUUACUGGUGCACACAGAGUGCACUUGUAACAAUUUGGCUCUUAUGUUGGUGUGAAAAUUGUCCUGAUCGCCUUAGGGAGUGGCUCAUUGUUGUUUUCAUUUCAUUUGGAUUUCCCUAAUUAGUGGUGAGGUUGAACAUUGGCUUACCUGUUGACUGGCCAUUUGUUUUAUUUCGUCUGUGCAAUGACUGUUCAUAUCCUUUGCUCAUUGUUUUCUAAUGGGCUGUUUAUCUUUUACUUCUUGGUUUAAAUGUUGUUUUUCUUGUUUUUUUUUAAUAUGUGAAAAUAUAAAAAUCCUUUUUCAGUCA